AUGCGUUUCCUCACCAUCCUCGCUCCCUUGCUCGGCCUCGCCGCCGCCGCACCCAACACGGCCGCCGUCGCGCCCAAGAAGGUCCGCGUCAGGGGCGUGAGCCUCCUCGGCAGCGGAUGCCCCGCCGGCACCGCCAACGUCCAGGUCGAUGCCACCGGCUCCCUCUUCGAGGCCACCUUCUCCGCCUACGAGGUCCAGACCGGCCCCGGCACCCGAGCCAGCGACUGGCGCAAGAACUGCAAGCUCACCCUCAACAUGGAGUUUGACGCCGGUUACCAGUUCACCAUCCUCGACACCGACAUGAUCGGCUUCGCCGAGAUCCCCAAGGGCGCCCGUGGCCAGUGCACCAACACCUUCUCCUUCACCGGCAGCGCCGCCCGCCAUGUCGACUACGCCAUCAGCCUGCCCGGCAAGUAUAGCGGAAACUUCAACCUCCAGUCGCGUCCCGGCAUCGAGUCCUGGUCCGACUGCGGCGGCAGCACCGCCAUCCUCAACAUGAACACCGCCUGCAACAUCAGCCCGACCCACCUGCCCGCCCUCAUCGCUGUCGACCACAUCAGCGGCAAGCUGACGGUCAAGUUCGCCGUCAAGUGGAGGUACUGCCGCAAGUAG